AGUUAAUGCUGUGUCCAUUGCCAUUGGCAGCGAUGAUAAGUACAGCAUUCCCAAAGCUCCCACCAACGAGGAGAUGUCUUUCAGCACCUACACGGCCCGGCGGAAGCUGAACCGCCUCCGUCGCUCUGCCUGUCAGCUGUUCACUUCUGAGGCCAUGGUCAAGGCCAUUCAGAAGUUGGAAAUUGAGGUGGAGGCCAAGAGGCUGCUGGUCCGGAAAGACCGCCAUCUUUGGAAGGACAUAGGUGAACGGCGAAAAGUGCUCAACUGGCUUAUUUCAUACAAUCCGCUGUGGUUACGGAUUGGGCUCGAGACGAUCUUCGGGGAGCUGAUCUCCCUGGAGAGCAACAGCGACGCGUUGGGUCUGGCCAUGUUCAUCCUCCAGCGGCUGCUCUGGAACCCAGACAUCGCUGCGCAGUUCAGACACGCCAAAGUGCCAAACCUUUACAAAGACG